CGCCUCGACCGCCUCCGCAAGGACUACGCGAAGAAGGUGAAGGGGGUGAGGAGGGCGUACGCGCACGAGGUGGGCUUGCUCAGGGCCGAGAAGGAGCGGCGAGACGAGGCGAGGCGCGAGGCCGCGAGGGUUGCGAACGAGCAGCGGAAGAAGGAGAAGGCGGCGGCCGCUGAGUCGAGGGCCGUCGAGCGCCGGGCUUUCGAGGAGGAGUUCAGGCAGAUGCUGAUGAAAGAGAGGGCUCAAAAGCUGGAGAGCUGGAGAGGGAAGGAGGAGAUGAGGGAGAAGAAGAAGGAGGAAGAGAGGGAGCUGCUAAGGAAGCAGACGUCAGUUUGGGUUUCUGAGGAGAAUAUGAAAAAGAUAAUGCUGGAGGCGAUAGUCGAUUCAACUCCUCUCUAGUUCGACAGGAAAAGCGUCAACUUUAGAUCAGAUGCUAUGGCUUGAGAAGUUCACUGGUUUGCAAGGAAGAUUUUGUUGAGGGUUCGUUUGUUGCUGAUUCUAGUCGUGUUCUUUUUUGCCCCCUUUCUUUUCUUUUUCCUUUUUUUUUAAAUUUCCCAAAAUAUUGUGAUGCUAUAGCUCUGCUUGCAUGUUUAGCAUAAUUUCUGAAUAUGUUCAUCAAGUGGUCCAAGUCUUCAAUUAUUAGGUGCUGCGAUGGUUGCAACUCUUGUUUUGUUUAACAAGAGAGCGAAAUAAAUUAUUUACUUGUCUCUCAAACCUUGAUUUAGUGCCACUCACUACUAUUUAUUGA